UAGAGACGGGGACCUUCCGAAUGGGGAGACGUGUUUGUGUUUGGCAUGAAUAUGCGACUGUAGCUCUUAUAUCUUAUAAAGGGGAAAUUGCACUUUCUUAACCUGCGAGGUUGCAUCUCUAGUAACUACCACGACUGCCUACUUUGACCCAAGGAGCACAAAACAUCUUAACAACGGGUUUUUUUGGUUGCAGUUUGGUAACGUCACGUUGGUAACGUGUUGGUAUUACGUUUAAAAAAAUACUAAAAUACAACCAGGCCACAUUACAAAGCUUGUGGAAUGUUAUUUGUCUACUUUUUUAACUUAAAAAAUGGCACAAAGGGCACAGCUAUAGUAAAUUAUUAAAAUUAUGAUUGAUAUCACUUCAACUUUGUGAAUGAAAGCGACUUUUUUGAAUGACAAAUUUCUCUCUCGCGCAAAAACCGUUAACUGACUAAAGCGGCGCGCGCAGGAUUCAGCCAGACAGGAUGCAAGGUUUUAUGAGGCAAUCAAGUGGAACCGUCAUAAAGAACAGCCUUGGUGAGGAGUUUUACCGCGAGGCCAUUGAGCACUGCCGCAGUUAUAAUGCUCGACUUUGUGCAGAGCGCUCCAUGCGCCUGCCCUUUCUCGACUCCCAAACAGGCGUAGCACAGAGUAACUGCUACAUAUGGAUGGAGAAGACCCACCGUGGGCCAGGUGUGGCUCCAGGGCAGCUCUAUACCUAUCCAGCACGUUGCUGGAGAAAGAAGAGACGGUUAAACAUCUUAGAGGAUCCACGUCUUGGACCCAUCGAGUUUAAAAUCGACUAUGAAGCAGCAUUAAAGAAGGAAGGGGGUGUUCCUGAGGGUCCUGUGCUGGAAUCACUCCUCAGUGGAGAACUGCUGGAUAAAAAAGUUGAAACAAAGGAGGAGGAACCCAUGAGUGAAUGCCAGAAGCUGCUGGUGGGAGAUUUUCCUCAUGAGCUGGACAUGGAAGAGAUGGAGGAGGACGUUCCCAAACGCAAGAAUCGCACCAAAGGACGGGCAUGUGGUGUUGGGGGGAUGAGAAAGAGACAGGAACCAGCAUCCCUAGAGGAUCGAGACAAGCCAUAUGUGUGUGACAUUUGUGGGAAGCGCUACAAGAAUCGUCCAGGUUUGAGUUACCAUUACACUCACACACACCUGGCAGAUGAGGAGGGUGAGGAAGACUCCGAGCGGCACACACUUCCCUUCCAGCGCAAGAACAACCACAAACCCAAAAAAGCAGCUGAUGGUUCUGUCAUCCCGAACGGCUACUGUGACUUCUGUCUAGGGGGCUCUAAGAAAACAGGCUGUCCUGAAGAUCUAAUUUCCUGUGCGGACUGCGGCCGAUCAGGUCAUCCGUCGUGCCUGCAGUUCACCGUCAACAUGACGGCGGCGGUGAGGACCUACCGCUGGCAGUGCAUCGAGUGCAAAUCGUGCAGCCUGUGUGGUACAUCAGAGAACGAUGAUCAGCUUUUAUUCUGUGAUGAUUGUGACAGAGGGUAUCAUAUGUAUUGUCUAAGCCCCCCUAUGUCGGAGCCUCCGGAGGGGAGCUGGAGUUGCCAUCUGUGUCUGCGCCAGCUAAAGGAAAAAGCGUCCGCCUACAUCACACUAACCUAAUCUCCGUGCCCUACUUCACCCUAGCAGUCUCAUCCUACUCUAUCCCAUCAUCACAGAUCCAAAGAGACUCCCCCAACAUCCACCAGAAGAGAACAUAUUUCAUCUGCCCAUUGCCUGUGUGGUGACUGCAAGGAAAACGUAGGGUGCGACUAACAUUUUUGUAUGUCAGUUGGGACUCAAGCAGACCUUUCCUCGUCAGUCCCUCCAAAGAGUUCUUUCCUUCAAUGAUCAGAGAGGUCUUCUUCUUGUCUGACUCCAUCUUAUGGUGGCUAGACAAGCAGUGCCAAACGGUUUGUCGCUGAGGAGACAUUUUGCACGAAUCUGAGGGGGGCGUGCCAGUGGGAGGAGUCUCUGUGACAUCAUUAGAAGACGCACCAACUGCAGAUGAGACGAGUGCCACUUGAUCUCACCGCAGCUUUUGGUUUGUUUAGCUCUGGUGAGAGAUGGUAUCAACGUGCCAUUGAUUUUUUUUGCGGUAUAUUCUUCAGGAGCAGACACCAGCACGUAAUGAGAUCAUGUUUAGUCAUUAAAUUUGGCCUUAUUCUAGCUGUAAUUAGACUUCUGUUGUAGAGAUGAAUGAAUUCUUCAAUAAUUAAUAUCCCUUGAGGAUACAACUUUUGGUUCUUACAACACAUUACACUCGAAAAAAAAAAAAAAAAAGGUGAUAUAUCAUGAACAUAGUCUGUGUUAAAAGGAAUAUUCCAGGUUCAGUACGAGCACUUGUAGAAUAAUGUUGAUAACCACUCUUUUCUUUGAAAAAAAAACAAAACGUCAAAACAUCUGGGUUACAGUGAGGUAGAGGUCAUUUGUUGGAUCCACAGGAAAGAUACUACCGCAAAAUGUAGUAUCUAAAAGUAAUAGUUACUCAAAUUUAUUUUUAUAUUUUUAAGGUACAGAAUGCGUCUGUUGCGCAACAAAAAAUAAACAAUUUACAGAUGCAGAGUUGGAUAUUCUCUUCUUCUUUUUCAAUUCGUAUGCGACAACAUACAGCAAAUUCCUUUUUGCCUGCUGCGACAAAUGCCAACAUAAAACUUACACCUGAGAUCUGAAGCAGAGAACUGGUGGGAAUUGGAAAAAAUUGCCUAUGACACCAGUCUGAGACUGAAAAAUCUGUCUAGACCUCCUCCUGUGGGCUAUUGCGACGGGAGCAGGACAAAACGUGAAAGUUGCUGCCGUGAGAAGGACAAAAUAACUUUUUUUAACUUAACUUUUAAUUUUUUAAUGGAUUGAAAAAUCCAUCCCUCACCAACCACUACAGUGAUGUACAUACAUUGGAAAUGAAUGGGGCCAAUCCGUAAACAAUAAAAUACUCAUUAUUUCAAAAGUAUAGCCAAAAGACGCAAACAAUAUGAGAUUGAAAAAUCCAUCCCUCACCAACCACUACAGUGAUGUACAUACAUUGGAAAUUAAUGGGGCCAAUCUGUAAACAAUAAAAUACUCAUUAUUUCAAAAGUAUAGCCAAAAGACGCAAACAAUAUGAGUGUUAAAGGGAUAGUUCACCCAAAAUUAAAAUUCUUUCAUCACUUUGACACUUAAAAAAGUUCAUAAAGAGAAUCCAUAGGGGCUUUCGCACCGGAGGAACCUUUCUUAGUUCCUAGAACUAUUGGCUGAAGUACCAGGAUUUUGCCGUUUUUGCACCGCAGGAACUAGGAACGAUUUUAGUUCUAGGAACUCCUUUUGGGGGAACUAAAUUAGCUCCUACUUCAGAGUAGGGUCUAAACCAGCACUAUAGGAACUAUCAGUGACGUGAGUGUAUGAUGAUUGGUCAAACGCAUGUCAAACACCGGCACCCGGCAUUUUUAAAAGCUGUGUAAACAUAUUUACUUCACGAACAUGGAAAACACGAUAACGGCAUUUACCUGUUGUCUGCAGAGUUGUGUGCUUUUCUCUGCCUCAAUGAUAUGUAAUACUGAAAGUUGUCAUAGGAUAUUUCGUCUCUUAGCGUCACUUUUUGCUCUUUCAGUCACGUAAAUUCUGUGUUUACAUUCCAUUUCCGUUAUCACGAAACCCACGACACACAACAAAGACAGCUCCGAUCUCGGCAUCCUCCAUCCACCGGUUUCUAGCGUUUGUAAAUGCUGCGCUUAAAGACGCUGCUGUCGGCCGCUUCAGAGUUCCUUUUCCCGGUGCGAAUGCAACCAGGAACAUGGCCUGAGGGAGAAAUUAGUUCUCGGGGAACUAUCCUAGUGGCUAGUUCCUAUAAGGGGGUUCCUAGAACUGUUCAGUGCGAAAGCCCCUCAUAUGAAUUGAGUGGUUUAGUCCAAAUUUUCUAAAGAGACUCGAUCGCUUUUUAUGAUGAACAGAUUGAAUUUAGGCUUUUAUUCACAUAUAAACACUCAUCAACUCACAAAUCAGUUGUGGUAAAUGGAAGCUCAAGCAUGUUCGCUUGAUGUGAGAACCAAUGAGAUUCAUUUUCGUGUGUUUCGCAGCAUGUUUGAGCUUCCGCAUGAGGUUUGUUGUUGCGUGUUCAAGAGGUUUGUUCAAGCAGGUUCAGUUGAGCUUCUGUUUAUGUUCGCUGAUCAGUGUUUACAUGUGAAUAAAAUCCUAAAUUAAAUCUGUUCAUCAUAUAAAGCGAUCAUUUCUCUUCAGAAAAUUUGGACUAAACUACUCAAUUCAUACGGAUUAGAUUUACGAUAUCUUCAUGAACUUUUUGAAGCAUCAAAGCGGUAGUUGUGUGGAUUGUCUAUAGAGGGACAGAAAUCUCUCAGAUUUCUUCGAAAAGAUCUUCAUUUGUGUUCUGAAAUUGAACGAAAGUCUUAUGGGUUUGGAAUGACAUGAGUGUGAGUAAUUAAUGACAGAUUUUUUUUUUUUUUUUUUUUUUUUUGGCGAACUGUCCCUUUAACAUGAUUUUAGAGUAAAAAAAAUCACUUACUGACCUUUCUGUGUAAAGUUGUCCAAUUUAGUAACUUUGUUGCCCUGACAAUGUUAUGCUUAAAACCAUAAAAGUUGUGAGAACAACACAAGCUUUUACAGAAAGUUAAUGUAAGUGCUUUUAUAAAAUUAUAAAAUUCACAUUUUAAAUCCUCCAAAAAUUGGCCCCGUUCACUUCCAUUCUAUGUGCCGCACCAUUACCGCAGUUUUCGUUUUUCAAGUGUCAAAUAGAUUUUUUUUUUUGGUAAUCAACAUUAUACCACAAAUGCUGCUGAUUUAGCUUAACUUGUAUUGAAUCUGGAAAAUUCUGGAAUAUCAAGUCAGUUACUUUUGCCCAAUAGGAAAGUCGUAAUGCUGCAAACAGUUUUCAUGCAUAGAUAGAUCCUUUAUUAAGAAGGUCCGAGGUGCAUGUCUAUCAACCAGAGUCAAACUUGCUCUGUGUGAAAAAAAGAAAAGAAAGAAAAGUAGAUUUCAAAAAUCAGCUGAUUAAUACCGUACUUCCAACACGAUCCCCACCUCCUCUUCCUAUUCUGAACAAGCCAACAUAAAAUUCCCUCUCAGCCAGGGUGCGUUUAUAAGAGUGUAUAUUUAUCAGGCAACGUCUGUCCUUGUUUUAAAAACAGGGCGUUAAACGUUCGAUUGUUCUCUUUUUUUAACGAUGACUUGCUUGCAUGUUGUAAUAGUAUCGUUUUUAAAUAAUUUAAGGACAAAAAACGAAGAAAGCACACUUAUUCUGCAAUAAUGUUUUUGUGUUUGUGACCCUCUCUGGGGAAGUUGCGUCAGUAUGUAUGUGCGCUUUAAAACUCUUGUGGAACUUUUAAAACCGUAAACAACAGAAUACUAGUGGGCGGAGACUAAAGUGGGUGGGGUGUUUUUAAAAAUGGGAGGAGUUUGUGGAAUUCUGACGUUUUCAGGUGCCACCGCAAAUACUCCAUUUUGAUUUCCUGGACAAACUGAAGACCAGCUUUGGAGACUUCUUUCCCCCCCCAGUCUCUUUGGAGGGGCAUUUUUCCUUUUUUGUGACAAGAAAAUUGUGCGCCUCUUUUGUAGAAUGAGCUCUUUACUAUCUGUAAGUCUGCUUUGUGUUCUGAGACUUGCUACUGCAGCCUGCUUAAAAGAAGAAAAAAUGUCAAGCUAAAUCCAGAGGAGUGUUAUGGGGACGGCAGCAUGUGUGCGUGUGUGCGAUUGUGCUGAGGUGACUGUUUUAAACCCAAAGUCCCCUCUUAUCCGUGGCCUAACUGAAAAGACUGCCUGCCAUUUUCUCUACACCGAGUCCUUGAGCUUUAAGUUGCAAGACGUUUGCUGUAAAUAGAUAAGUGCUCUGUCUUUCCAGAAUCGGUCCAUGUUAUAGACUCAAGUGAAAUGUUUUAUGUGCUGUAAUUCAUCAAAAUGUGAAAACAGCCUUUUCUACGCUGUCAGUGAAAUAUUAAUCCAUGUUAUUGGGUUAUUUCUAUUUUUGUAUAAUUUUCCAAUUUAUGGUUUUAAUGAGCACUACACCACUGGUAACUCUGACGCCAUAUAUGUAAAUCUUUUCAAUUCUUUUUAAAAGAGCUGUAGAAAUGUUUAGUCUUAAGUAGAAAUAGUAUUGAUUUCACAUUUUGAUAUAUCAACUUCUCUGUUCAGCCAACCCCCUUGUUGUUCUUUUUUAUGACUAUUUUGCACAGUCUGUGUGAUUUUUUUGGAUGAGGGCACUAUUAGAACGUUUUAAUUGAAGCAAUUACACACCAGAGACUAAAUUAUAGACACAUUUUGCAUGUUCUGAUAUCGAUAAAACACAAUAAUUACACAUAAAAUGUGUUCUUUCCCUCUCAGUUCCUGAAGCCAAAACACUGUGGCUUUGUGGUGUUUUCAAAACAUUGUUUGUUUGAGCGGCCCGGCAUAGCAACACUGGCUCAGCCAAUAGCACGAGUUUGGAGGUGGAGCUAUCUGUUUGUGUGACCAAUGGCAGAUGGAAGGGCUGCUAGGAGUGUUUUGAAAACCUUUUUAUAAUGUUUGCAGACACAAUUCACAUUUUAAACAGUAUUAAGAGGGAAAAAUAUAUUUUGAUUUGUCUGCCUUGGUGAGAUUUUUGGUUAGAAACUAACCUUCAUGUGCUGUAGUGUUUUCUAGAACUACAAACGAUUGUCAAGCUGUUUCUCAUGUCCCCCAAAGUUUAAAAAGAGGGGCUGUGGUUGGUUUGUAUGAAAGUAUUUUGUUAGUUCGCAGGCCUUUAUUGAUGAGGGGCGGAGUCAUAAUGAUGUGAUUGUAUUCUUAGUAAUGUGAGAGUAUGAGUGGCAUUAUGUGGAGGGUUAAUGGGUUCAUAAGGCUUAACCAGAUUGUUAAAAUGGUGAGCAACUACAUUUCAAUGCGGACCACUGUGUCCCCAGUCCUGCUUCGGUUGAGAUCUGUGCUCUAUUUGUCUUUAAUCUGUCUCGCUGAUUUCACAGGGUCUUCUCUACCUGUAUAUUGUCGUGCUGUGAUUUUCGCUUGCAGUUUUUUUUAUUCCCCCACAAACACACAGUUAAAAAAAAUAGUCUUGUGCGAGAGGAUGAUGCGUGAGUGUUUUCCUUUCUUGUAACUGUCCAUAGAAAAAUAAAACAGACGUAUGGAGAAAAGAAGCGUGUUCUGACUCAGGACUGAGUUGUACAUUUGUUUUCAUUGAACUUGAAAUGGGUGCUCCUCAUGGAACUGAGCAUCUCUGAUGACUGCUGCUCAGUGAUCCAUUUUAAAGAAUGUCCUUUCUUUUAUUUCUGUCCAUUUUGACAAGCAGGAAAUAAAAAAAAAAAUGUACCAUUA